CGUUGUGUCGAUAUGAUCAGUAAGUCAUUAUACGCAGAAUAGUGCAGUAGCAGAUUCAGCUCUACUAUGUGGAAUGAUUGUGUGAAACUUUUGGCUGUUGUGGGACUCCUUUUCCCAUUGUGUAUUUUAGUAAAUUGCAACGAUUCCGAAGAUGUCUCGUUGGAAUACGAAACAACUCCAACGUUUGAUGUGGUGAUAGCGGAGGGGAAAAAACUCAAACUCAAGGUGCAUGACUACGGACAUCGACCCUUGUGCAAUCCAGUAUGGUACUUCAAUGGUCGGCCGGUUUCAAAGUCGCGUUGCAUUCCCAGCUAUGGUGAGCUGGUUUGUCCCUCGGUAAAACGUGAAGAUGCUGGACGAUAUGAUCUAUGGGGAGGAGAUGGUAGUCGGCAUAGUCAGGCGCGUUUGAUAUUCUCCGCUAAUGUGCAAGUCACGAGAGCUGUUGAACGGGAUCUGCCGGAGGAACGCAUAGCAAAGGUACAAGAUGAGCCACCACCAUUUUUUGAACGAAAAAAUCGUGUAGAGAACGAUUGUUUCUGUUCGGGAGUGACCGAACGUUGUCGGAUGGCCCUUGAUCUGUACCGAAUGAGAAAAACAUACGAUCUGUCAAACUUGACUGCAGUAAGGCUGGGCGGUGAAUCAUCCGGUGCCAAAUAUAUCCGUAUUCCGUUAUCAGUUUUGCUUGGUAACCUGAUCACAGCUUACGGAGGCUAUAUGCGUUUUCCUGUUACUGAAGAAUGCUAUACUGAUCGCAGCAAACCGUGUGUGGUCAUGGUCGACAAGCGAAACAUGCAUCGAGCGGUUGGAUAUUUUCUGCCAACAUCACACGACCAGCGACAAGUGCAGGUGCUUCUGAAGGAGUCGAACUGGAAACUCUUACCAGCGAUUGAUGAGCUAAGUGAUCGAGAUUCAGGUGAUGAGCUGACCAAGUUCAUCUUUAUGUCUACACUAAGCAACAUCCACUCGGUUUACAUCCGUGGAAGGUACCGGACGCGCAGCGAGGAAAAUAUACUUUCCAUUGAUAUGGCUUCAUCGUAUGAUGAAGGGUUGGGUACAGUGACUACUGUCGAGGAGUGUGACUGUCAUCCAGGCUACGGUGGAUUGUCCUGUGAGCGGUGUGAGAAAGGAUACCUUCGAACGUACGACUCAAUCAGUCCGGAGGGGAUUUGCCUAAGCAUUCCCGAGCUUUGGGAACUGCACAAAAAAAUCUAUCGACAGAAUUGAUCGAGCACAACAGUAAUUAUGCUGUAAAAUAAGAAUGGUACCCAUCAAACAUUCGCGUGUUUAAAAUUUAAUAAAGGCUUUAUAAAACAAUUAUUGCUAAGGCAGCCUCCUCGGGUCGAUCGCUCAA